AUGGCAUCUACGAACCAAACUCCUCGAACCCGCCGCCACAGGUCUACCGUCGCCUGCCAGGCUUGUCGCCAACGCAAAGUACGAUGCAGUUUGACCGUCACCGGUGUGCCUUGUGCCGGAUGUACCCAGGAUGCCAUCGAGUGUAUCGUGAACACAAAGCAAGGAAAAGGUACUCAGCAGACCGACCGCUUAGGACCUCGCCGUCGCCGGCAGGGUCAUGCUAGGGCAACUGACUCACACAUCGCUACCUCCACGGCCUCCGCGAACCCUGCCCCGUGUCCGAUUGAUGAGCGUAGACCUCCAAGCCUUCCCCCCUGCGACACCCAAGCGGAAAAUACCACGCGGACCGCCAACAGGAGCCCUUCGGACUUCGAAGUGCAUAAUAUGGCAGACGAAGAGCGCAAUGCACUUGAAAUAGCAUCAGCGGCGCUCGGCCAACCGGACAGUGUGGGGGAAAUCCACUUCUAUACAGGCGAACAGACUGGGCCCACGUCAGCCCUGAACAUUUGCUCAACCAAUGACUCAUUGCCGAAGCAUUUUCUCAUACCAUUGCACCGCACGCACCUGUCUGACGAGGACCACGACUUUCUACGUAGAAAGGGCGUGUUUACCCUCCCGGGCAAACGUGCUUGCGAUAGUAUGAUCGAGGCAUACCUUGUCCAUGUACAUCCGAUCCUCCCGGUGAUUGAAGCCGAUGUGCUCGUGGAGCAUCACCGGGCUGGACAGCUUCAGGACUAUAACCUGUUGCUCCUGUGGAGCGUCUUCUUUGUCGCUGUCAAUUUUAUCCCAGCAACCAUAUACGAGGAAGAAGGUUUUACAUCUAGACGGACCAUGAAGUUUAUGAUGUACUCUCGAGCGAAGGCAAGUGAUUUCCCUGCCUCUUGCCCACGUGCAAAAGUCACUGGGCUAACUUUCUCGUCACUCUUGAUGGGAUUUUGGCACUCGGACAUGGAUGAACAUGCACAACCGUGGUAUUGGACCGGCAUUGCGAUAAACCUGGGUCAGAUCCUUGGCCUGCAUCGCGAUCCUGGUGCCUCAAAUCAUACGCCAUCCAUUACCGACCGACAGCGAUCUUUUUGGUGUCGGCUUUGGUGGAGCUGCUUUUUCCGGGAUCGCUGGCUCGGUCUAACGUUGGGGAGGCCCCUGCGGGUCAAUCUGGAUGACUGUGAUAUCCGUAUGCCAUUAGCUGGUGACCUCCUCUUCGACACUCUGAAGCCAGAUGGGUCCACCAUCGCGUCGUACCUACCUGGCGACAUGAACAAAUUGGCUGAAUACUGGGUAAUGUUGAUGGAACUAAGCUGCCUGCUGGGCAACACCCUAGCCCUAAAUCGUCGGCCUGCUCGCCUCAAAGCGUCGAUAGACGAAGUGCAAGGACUUGAAAGGCGGCUACUACAGAGCAGACUGCCCGAUCAGUACGAAGUCGGUCUAACGCGCGUAGCAAGGUUCUAUUCGCACCACGUCCACUUGCAUUACCAAGCAAUGGUUAUUACCUUCUAUCGCCGCUGGGAAACGGAAGUCCCAGAUGGCCUGACUUCCCUGGCAAAGGAUGACUGGCAGCAUCGAAUGCGCCUAAGGGCCAAUGCUGCUGCCUCUAGAACUAAUGAAAUACUGGACAUGCUCGUCCAAGAGAAUCUGCUGGGGUUCGCAGGGCCUAUGACGCCUCCUCUUCUGGUUCCAACGAUGCAAGUGCACUUGCUUCAAUGCAAAUCUGGCGAUUCUAUCGCAAAACGCAUCCGGCUAAGUAAGCUUGAAAUGUGCAUGCUGGUCUUGGAAGAAUUCCAGAAAACAUACGCUGCUGCUUCAGUAUAUCGUGGGAUUUUCACAAAGGCGAUCCAACAGAUUGUUCCAGGUUACACAGCUCCCACUAUGAGGGUGAGCCCUGCAGCAACUGCGGUACCCGCUCCUGGCAAUGAGAGUUAUGCCCCAGGUUCUAUCUUGGAAACGGAAAGCCUUGACGCUAAUAAUGGUAGAAAUGACCAGUUGGAUGAAUUGGGGCUUGCAGGUGCAUACGAACCUGAUUUAAUGAACGUUUUAAUGGAUGAAGGCUCGCUUUUUGACUUCUGGCAGACGUGGAACCAAAUCUGA